CGCACACUGUGCUUCCUCGUGCGCGCGCGCAUCUCCUGUUUAUCGCCCCCUAAAUGUUUUUCCCGUGAUGCUCCGCGUGGUCGAGCAGCAAGAUGGCGGACUCUCUGGAUGAAUUUGAGAAAGAAGCUGGUUGCGUCCCGAUCCUCCAUCCCGAGGAAAUUAAACCCCAGAGUCACUACAGCCAUGGCUACAAUGAGAGCGUUAGCCGCAAGAGCCACGUGGAUGACUACAGCACUUGGGACAUCGUCAAAGCCACCCAGUAUGGCAUAUUCGAGCGCUGCCGCGAGCUGGUGGAGGCCGGAUAUGACGUGCGUCAGCCGGAUAAAGAAAAUGUCACACUCCUGCAUUGGGCGGCAAUUAACAACCGCUUAGACUUGGUCAAGCAUUACAUAUCUAAAGGUGCCAUAGUCGACCAACUGGGAGGAGAUCUCAACUCGACACCACUACACUGGGCUACAAGACAGGGCCAUCUCUCCAUGGUGGUGCAGUUAAUGAAGUACGGCGCUGAUCCAUCUCUCAUCGACGGGGAGGGUUGCAGUUGUGUGCAUCUGGCCGCUCAGUUUGGACACACCUCCAUUGUGGCUUACCUCAUUGCCAAGGGACAGGAUGUGGAUAUGAUGGAUCAGAAUGGCAUGACUCCUUUGAUGUGGGCAGCUUAUCGGACGCACAGUGUUGACCCGACACGGCUGUUACUGACGUUUAACGUGUCAGUGAAUCUGGGUGAUAAAUAUCAUAAGAACACGGCUCUGCACUGGGCGGUACUGGCCGGAAACACUACGGUCAUCAGCCUGCUGCUGGAGGCCAAUGCUAACGUCGAUGCACAGAACAUCAAGGGGGAGACGCCGCUGGAUCUGGCCAAACAGAGGAAAAAUGUGUGGAUGAUAAAUCAUCUGCAGGAGGCCAGACAGGCCAAAGGUUACGACAGCCCCUCGUACCUGAAACGACUCAAAAUGGACAAGGAGUUCAGACAGAAGGUGAUGUUGGGAACUCCGUUCCUGGUGAUUUGGUUGGUGGGAUUUAUCGCCGAUCUGGACAUUGACUCUUGGCUCAUCAAGGGUGUGAUGUAUGCAGCGGUGUGGCUCGUCGUGCAGUUUCUUUCCAAGUCUUUCUUUGAUCACUCCAUGCAUAGCGCUCUUCCUCUGGGCAUCUAUAUGGCCACUAAGUUCUGGAUGUACAUCACCUGGUUUUAUUGGUUCUGGAACGAUCUCCCAUUCGUCACCAUUCACCUGCCCUUCCUGCUCAAUAGCCUGGCUCUCUUCUACAACUUUGGCAAAUCCUGGAAGUCCGACCCCGGCAUCAUCAAAGCAUCUGAGGAGCAGAAGAAAAAGACUAUAGUUGAAUUGGCAGAAACAGGCUGUCUGGAUCUCAGCAUAUUCUGCAGCACCUGUUUGAUACGGAAGCCCAUCAGAUCGAAACACUGCGCCGUGUGCAAUCGAUGCAUCGCCAAGUUUGAUCACCACUGCCCUUGGGUUGGCAACUGCGUAGGAAGUGGAAACCACCGUUACUUUAUGGGCUACUUAUUCUUCCUGUUGUGUAUGAUCUGCUGGAUGAUAUAUGGAUGCAUUUGCUACUGGAGUAUUCACUGUGCUACCAGCUACACUAAAGAUGGCUUUUGGAACUACAUCACGCAGAUCGCCACCUGCUCGCCGUGGAUGUUCUGGAUGUUUCUCAACAGUGUGUUUCACUUCAUGUGGGUCGCUGUGCUCAUCAUGUGCCAGCUCUACCAGAUCGCUGUUCUGGGCAUCACUACAAACGAGCGAAUGAACGCAAGAAGAUAUAAGCACUUUAAAGUUACAGCCACGUCCAUCGAGAGCCCAUUCAAUCACGGCUGUAUGAGGAACCUCAUAGAUUUCUUUGAGCUGCGCUGCUGUGGUCUGCUGCGGCCCGUGGUGAUAGACUGGACCUCCCAGUACACAAUAGAGUACGAUCAGACGUCCGGCUCGGGAUACCAGCUGGUGUAGCGCGGUGAAGGAGCGACAGAGCGUUAGAGAAGACGGAGCGAGAGGGAGGAGAGGGGAGAGGUUUUCCUGAGGAAGUGCUGCUCACCGGGACCAUCUCCUUCACUGAGACUGCAAACCUCACCCAGUCAGGAUACGCAUGCUGUUAUUGGUUACAGUCACCAACUCCACCCGCCCCCCUGCCAUAGACAGCACUUUGAGACGCAGGGAUGUGAGGAACAGGAAGAGGAGGAGUUUAAUGGUUUCUGAAGUGUAUGCAGUACAACAAACUCUCCUUGAUUGGUCAGCAGAGACGUUUGUGGUUUCUUUCGCACAUCAACUUGCGUUCGUUUUACUUUUUGUUUUCGUCCUGUGACCCUUUUUUAGUGAUAUCAGAUCUUCAUUGGUUGGAAGUUUGGGUAGGAAUGAGAAUUAGCUUAGCAGCCGCUGUGCCGUUUGUGGUUUUGAGGAGUUCUGCGAAUUUUGUCAUUAUUUGCUCACUUUCGUGUCUCUUUGAACUUUCUUUCUUACAUGGAACGCAAAAGGAAAUGUUUCGAAAGAAUGUUCACGCUGCUCUUUUCCAUACAGUGAAAGUGAAAAGAGCUGCGGGAUGAUUUUUCAAAAUUUCUCCACAAAAAAAAAAAAUAUAUGCAUACAGGUUUGGAACAUGACAUGACGAUGAGUAAACGAUGACAGAACUUUUCCUUUUUAGGUGAACGAUUCCUUUAAGCUGCCUUGAUUUUUCCGAUCAUGAUUCUGUAUGAAUGUUCUGUUGGUUUGAUAUGCAUCAUAUAGACUAAAAACAUUCAUAUGACUAGAGAGAAGCCCUCUUUAAAUAAUGUGACUUACAACAUAUUUAUUUUAACCUAUUUAUGUAGUAUUUUUCAAAGAAUUGCAGUCAUUUUACAUGUCUUUUCAGCAUAUAUGUACAUUUGCAGCAUGUUUAAUAGUCUAGGUGGGAGAAUCCUGCGAAACGUGUCGAGAACACGAACCUGGGUUAUAUUUCACCCUAAAAUCCCCCCCCCCAAAAAAAUGAGAAAUGUAUUUUGCUUAAAGAAAAUGAAGCCUGUUUAAUAGUUUUUGGCAUUAUAAUUUAGUUUUCAUGACAAUUAAACAUUUUCUCCCUUAAUUCUCAUUACCGUAAUACGCAAAAACCAUUUUCCCCCUUAAUUCUCAUUAUCGUAAUACGCAGAAACCAUUUUCCCCCUUAAUUCUCAUUACCGUAAUACGCAGAAACCAUUUUCCCCCUUAAUUCUCAUUACCGUAAUGCGCAGAAACCAUUUUCCCCCUUAAUUCUCAUUACCGUAAUGCACAGAAACCUCCUCCUCAUUACUGUAAUUAUUUAAAUAUCAAAUUAUUUAUAUUAUACUGCUUUUAAAUUAUGCUAAUUGUUUUUUUUUUUUUAAAUAAUUGUAUUACAUUGUUUACUAUAAAACAAAAAUACUGUAUUACAAUGAGAAUUAUAACAAAAAAUGGCUGGAUGCAUUACGGUAAUGAGCACUGCGGGAGAAAUGUGCUGAAUUUCUAUCAAAACAAUGUUACGGUGCAGAACGGUCUUCAGUUUCAUUAAAUUAUAUUUGAUUUUGGGUUGAAAUGUGACCUGGACACGCUCUCGACGGGUUUAUGGGAUUCACCCAGAUGCCCUCCGAAUUUACAAGAAAUAAUACGCUUGUAUGUGAACCUCUAUAUUUAUUAUGUAUGUGUAGUUUUAGGAAGUGAAUACAUUUAAAGUUGAAAUGCUGUUGAAAAGCCAUUGAGUAGCUGUACGAACUUAAUGGAAGAUACGUUUAUCACGGCAGAUUUUUUAAUUUUUUUUUUUUUUUUUUGUGGCGGCGAUGACAUUUGUCUGCCUAAAGCAAUGCACUGAUCUUUUUUUUUUGUUUGUUUUGUUGUUCAUUGUUACUGAAGAAACAAACUCGCUUUCCCAACAUCGCCAAGGGAUCUUCACGUUUACGUAAAGAGGAAGCUCCUCCCCCUUUUGCUCUCCUCCAUUUCCUCUUCCUGUUGGUGUGGCGAUGUCAUCGCAGCAGCAACAGCUGACAGGACGAACUGAUGUAAAGAAUGUGCAUCUGUACAUAAAUGAACUAGAUUCAUUAUUCUGUGAGUGACUUUUGUUUGUUUUUUUAUUUUGUCUGUUAGUUGAAGCUGCUCCUAAUUUUUUUUUAUCUUACCAAAAAGCAGAAGGAAAAAAAAAAAAUCGACUAUUAUCCAAGUGUAUGACUGUAGCUUUUAGUGGCGUCUGGCACUGCUGUGUAUAGACCUUUGACCUUGCAAGUCUCCACUGCAUGUGUAAAGCCUGGACCUGGGGCUCUUAUCAUAGUGAUCAUCAACCUGCCAUCCCAUCCCAGAGACGCCCCAUCUGUAAAUAGUGAAUGUUCAGUAUUUGCAACUGGGUUUUUUUAUCCUUUUGUUUGUUUGUUUUUACAUUUUAAACCCAAUGUGUGUAUCGUUAUUGCGUGUCCCUGCGGCCACUUGUAUUAUAUCUGAAUGUCCCAUUCUUGUUGAUUAAUAUCCAACCUAAAGGGUUUCUUUUGUAUGUUUCAUUGCUGGGUUUGUUGUACCACUGGAUGUACAAAUUGUAAAUGCCAGAGAAGUAGACGUAAGAAACGCUGUAACUCAAGAGGGGCACGUUGUGUUGACGUCAUCACUCAUGGACGCAGUCGAUUUGGGCCCCCCAUACUGUAAUAUUCGGAUUAGGCACAGUAACGGUCAUUCAUACAUGUGACACUGUUUUUAGAGAAGAUACUCACAUAUUAUUGUUCCUAUGCCUUUACGGUUUGGCCGGCUGUUUUCCCACCAUGUGAAAAGCACAUGCUCAUCUCCAGUGCCUCAGCUGAGAUCAGGACGUCACCCUACUCUGCUUCAGAUGUAACUUAUUGGGCAUGGUUCAAUUUUAAUGGCUUUAUUAAUAAAACAUUCAAAGAUG